AUGACCGACGCAACCACCAAGCCCACCAAAAAGGUGGCCACCGGCGAAGGCGAAGAGAAGAAGCGCUUCGAAGUCAAAAAGUGGAACGCCGUGGCACUCUGGGCCUGGGACAUUGUCGUCGACAACUGCGCCAUCUGCCGCAACCACAUCAUGGACUUGUGUAUUGAUUGCCAGGCCAACCAGGCGAGUGCCACGAGUGAGGAGUGUACGGUGGCUUGGGGAAUUUGCAAUCACGCCUUUCACUUCCAUUGCAUUUCGAGAUGGUUGAAGACGAGGCAGGUGUGUCCGUUGGAUAAUCGGGACUGGGAGUUUCAGAAAUAUGGUCGUUGA